AUGAAGAGUAUAUUUCUCGUGUUGGCGGUUUGCAGCUUGCAGGCGUCCGCCGAGCGGCUACUCCUAGCUUCUUACGGAAACGAGACCAGCGCCGGCGCUGUCCAGACGCUCGAGUUCCUACCUGGAGCAGACAACAACACUAGCCGCAAACUAGGGGUUAUCCACGAGAAUCAUGACUGCGGAGGACUGCCCACAUGGCUGGACAUGUCCCUCGGUGCGGCAAGGCUGUUCUGUGUUGACGAAUCUGGAGCCAACGCCAAUUUUACAACUUUGAGUGUUGAAUCUGAUGGUAGCGUUAAGAAGACCUCCCGCAGCAGUGCGCUGCCAGGUGCAGUAUCAUUAGCAACGUACAACAACAAAUCAGCACUAGCUCUUGCUCACUAUAGCCCUCCCGCUAUCACGACGUACGGUAUCAAUACCGACGGCUCAGUUCGCGCUCUCCAGAACAUUACUUUCCAGGCACCCGAGCAAAUUCAUCAAGCAGUUCUCGACCCCACCGGACAGUACAUGAUCUUCCCAAGUCUCGGUGGGAACGCAACCCACGUCUACUGCAUUGACCCUGCCUCGUCCUCAUUGACCGAGCAUGAGCCACUCAAGGCCCCAGAAGGUUACGGACCAAGGCAUGCUGUUUUCUGGACCGGAGGCCAGCCGGGCACUACAUUCCUUUUCGUAGUCCACGAAUUGAGCAGCAGGAUUGUAAGCUACAAAGUGGAUUAUCCCGAAUGCGGCGGUCUCAAUUUCACCCAAGUCGACGAUGUCAGCACGUAUGGCAACCAAACUGUUCCAGCAAAGACGUUCGCUUCUGAGAUAUCGCUAUCGCCCGACAACAAGUUCGUAGUCGCAGGAAACCGUGGCGGCACAAUCUUCACGGUCGAAAACCCAGAUCCAAACAACAGCACCCUGCUUCCGAGUGAUUCACUCGUCACCUUCAAGCCGUCGUCUGAUGGAAAACUAUCAUUCGUUCAGCUUGCGAAAACCGGUGGAGUCUACCCUCGCCAUUUCCAGAUGAACAAAGAUGGCUCUAUGAUUGCAGUUGCGAAUCAAAAGACCAGGAACGUAUUCAUCUAUGCGCGGAACCUUGAAACCGGCAUGAUUAUCGACAGUAAAGCCGUCGCCUCGGGUGAGCAGCUCGGACCAGGGGAUUUGAUGUAA